AUGGCCGAUCCCGACACCGGGGAGCACGACUUCCGUCUCUUUCCCGUGGUGCUGAAGACCGUCCGACCGAUGGCCAUCGAGGAUGAGGAUGUGUCGGAUCGCCCGCCAGAAGAUCGUGACGCCAUCAUGGAGCACCUGAAGCAGCGUGUGAACGACCUGAUCCGACAGGCGCACCGGGAGUGGCUUGAACGCAAUCCCGACGAUGUGGGGGACCCCCCGCGCCCGUUGAUUCGCCUGCGCGUGACCAUUGGCGACAAGCACCUUUUCAAUGUCUUCCGGUUUGGACAGCAGUUUGCCAACAGCGUGGCCAACCCUUCAAACAUCAUCCAACUCACGACCAAGCGCCGUGCGGCCACCCGAGCCAAGCGCAAUGUCGCGGCCAUGCGUGCCCGUUCCGGAGCCGGCGCCAGUACUGCCGAGCCCGUCUUCGAUGAGGAGUCCCUCCGCCCGGCCGAGCUGGAUCCCUCCAGCAUCAAGGACUUCCUGCGGACCAUCCUCCUGCCGGCCGGGGCGGCUGUCGCAGCCGGAGCGGGUGCCGGUCCUUCGGACACCAGGUCCCUCUUCGGAUUUGCUUUCCGCCGGGCCGGGUGA